CGCUUUUGUUAGCAAUUGAUAACGUAAUGCCGUUAUAUGUCAACAGUGGAACAUAGUGAAAACGAAACACUGUUGGAGCUGCUGAUUAAGCUUUUGUUUACCUAUUAUAAAAGUUAUAUAUAAAAAUGAUUUUAUGUGGGAAUUUAAGUCAUUUACGCUGAUACUGCAGGCGUUGGAUAUGUACAACAAGUCUUAUCCAGAUUCAGAGAGGUUAAUUGAAGAGGCAUCAUAUUCAGGUGUAAUACUACCAUCGCCCGAAUGGAAGACUCUGGAUCACAUCGGUACCAAUGCCCGUAUUACAUAUCGGGUCAGAGUUCAAUGCGCCGUUACUUAUUACAACACAACAUGCACAACGUUCUGCCGAGCGCGCGAUGACCAAUUCGGCCAUUACACUUGCGGUUCGGAGGGUCAGAAGCUCUGUCUGCAAGGCUGGCAGGGUGUUAACUGUGAAGAGGCAAUUUGCAAACCAGGCUGUGACCCGACACAUGGGAAAUGCGAUCGACCUGGUGAAUGCGAAUGUCGGCCAGGUUGGCGUGGCCCACUGUGCAACGAAUGCAACGUAUAUCCUGGCUGCAAGCAUGGAUCGUGCAAUGGCGUUGCCUGGAAAUGUGUCUGUGACACAAACUGGGGAGGCAUAUUAUGUGAUCAAGAUUUAAAUUACUGUGGCACUCAUGAACCCUGCAUGCAUGGCGGUACCUGUGAGAACACUGCACCUGAUCAAUAUCGUUGCACUUGCGCAGAGGGGCUCUCGGGCGAACGUUGCCAAAUUGUGGAGCAUCCAUGCGCAACGCAACCAUGCAAAAAUGGUGGCACUUGCACAUUAAAAGAAUCGGCGAUGCUGAACAUAACUGCACUGCCGACAUAUCGUUCCAUGCGUGGUAUGAGUUCCGCCAUGGGUAAACCGGUUAGCCGCCGCAGCUCACUAUUGGGUCUAGCAGGACUUGCUGCAACUAACACGGCCACGACAAAAACACUAACUCUGAGUAACGAGCUGCAGCCUCGAAACGGCACGAGCGCUACUCUGAAUGCUGCACUUGCUGCAGUGAAAUUGAUACCAAACGUUGCAGGCAGCAAUCCGUCCUCCGCAUCAGCCUUAAUGCAGUUGCAGCAGCAAAUGCAUCACCAUCACCACGCCGACUACACUUGCGCCUGCGCGCCCGGUUGGACUGGUCCGUCAUGUGAAAUAAAUAUCGACGAAUGUGCUGGCGGUCCCUGCGAACAUGGUGGCACUUGCAUUGAUCUAAUCGGUGGUUUCCGCUGCGAAUGUCCUCCAGAGUGGACCGGUGAUGUGUGUCAAAUGGAUGUAAAUGAAUGCGAGACUGCGUACGCUAUUCCCACCGUACAAACCACAACAACAUCGUCUUUGGCUUUCAUAGCUGCCUUAACUGCUGCAUCAUCAUUAUCCACAAAAACAUCUACUUCAGUUUCUUCGUCAUUGUCAUCAUCAGCAUCAGCAUCGGCAUCAAAGUCGACAAUUGCAACUGGAUUAGCAGCAGCAGUCGCAGCUACAGCAACUACACUGGGUCCCUGCAUUAAUGCACGCAAAUGCAUAAAUCUACCUGGUUCGUUCUCAUGCGUUUGCUUAGAGGGCUGGGGUGGUCCAACAUGCGCUAAGAAUUUGGAUGAUUGCGUGGGACAGUGUAAGAAUGGUGCUACUUGCAUUGAUUUAGUGAACGAUUAUCAUUGCGCAUGCACAAAUGGUUAUACCGGUCGCGAUUGUGAAACUGACAUCGAUGAGUGUGCGAAUUCACCUUGUCGUAACGGCGGAGAGUGCGUAGAUUUAAUUGGCAAAUUCAAGUGCAUUUGUCCGUUGGGCUAUCUGGGUUCCUUAUGUGAGGAAGCCAAAGAUCACUGCACUCCAUCUCCAUGCUUACAAGGCCGCUGCUUGAACACGCCGGGCAGUUAUUACUGUCAUUGUCCUUCAGAUCGCGCCGGUAAACACUGUGAACAGAUAAGACCACUUUGUUCACAGCCUCCUUGCAACGAAGGUUGCUUUGCUAAUUCCACCACAAAUACUUUGCCCUGCAGUGGGCAUGGAAACUGCGAAAUACGUGAGGUGGGCACAUUUUGUAAAUGCCAUGUGGGCCACACAGGCACUUUUUGUGAACACAAUUUAAACGAAUGUUCACCAAAUCCGUGUCGAAAUGGUGGAAUUUGUCUUGAUGGCGAUGGUGAUUUUACAUGUGAAUGCCCAACGGGUUGGACAGGUAAGCGCUAA